UCCUUCCCCCUUCGCCUUCCUGAUCCUCUCUCGACCCUUCCUGCUGGAGAGUUCUGACCAGCACCACUACACCCAGCCGACCAAAUCGCCGUAGAAGGGCGCGCCAUGGAGCCGGCGGUGGAGAAGAAGGAGGCCGAGCAGGAGGAGCAGCAGCUACCGCAAGCGCGCAAGGAAGACGCUACCGCCGCCGUCGUCGAGGAGGACGAGGCGGAUUCGGAGGAGACCGAGCGCCGCAACCGCGACCUGAAGGCCGGCCUCCACCCCCUCAGGCGCAAGCUCAUGCUCUGGUACACGCGCCGGACGCCUGGGGCGAGGUCGCAGUCGUACGAGGACAACAUCAAGAAGAUCAUCGACUUCAGCACUGUCGAAUCGUUCUGGGUUUGCUACUGCCACCUCGCGCGCCCUUCUUCCCUCCCAAGCCCCACUGACCUUCAUCUCUUCAAGGAUGGCAUCCGGCCCCUUUGGGAGGACCCUGCAAAUCAGAAUGGUGGCAAGUGGAUAAUUAGGUUCAAGAAGGCUGUUUCGGGUCGUUUCUGGGAGGAUUUGGUGCUGGUGCUAGUAGGUGACCAACUUGACUUUAGUGACGAUGUUUGUGGUGUUGUGCUCAGUGUCCGUUUUAAUGAAGACAUUCUAAGUGUUUGGAAUCGGAACGCAUCAGAUCACCAGGCUGUGAUGACAUUAAGGGAUUCUAUCAAGAGGCACCUUAAGCUGCCGCACAGCUAUUUGAUGGAGUACAAACCACAUGAUGCUUCAAGGCGUGACAACUCCUCCUACAGGAACACAUGGCUGAGAGGAUAAGAUCCAUGAUUCUCGCCUGCUUUAGAACUAUUCACUGUGAACUUCAGUUCUUAACUUUUCAACAUCGGUUCUGAAGAAAAUAGACUAUGUACCAAGCUUGCGGACUAUUAUGCAAUGCACUAGUCAAACACCAUUACAUUAUAAUGCUCAACCAUCCUUUAUUUACCGUAAAUGCAGUCUAAUGGAUUUUUCAA